CUCCUCGCCGCGCCCUCCAUCCGCCACCACGGGCGUCCGCUCGCACUUGCAGAGCCACGUCCCGCACAGCUUCACUGCCUGCUGCGGGCCUCUCGUCGCCGCCAGCGCUGCAUCGUGCUGCUGGGCGCCUGCCUCCACACGCCGCCGGGCGCGCAAGACGGCCCCGCGCGCUCUAGCCGUCCUCCUCCUUCGCAUUCGUGGCGCCGGCCAGCACGCAGCACGCCGGCACACACAGUAUCGCCCUUGUGCUGUGGUCUGCGCUAAGUCUCCCCACAUAGCCAUACGGCGCGCCGAGCCGCAAUAUCUGGCGGCGCCGCGUCUGCGCUGCACGGCUGCGCCUCUGAGCACCUUUGGCUCGCCUGAAGCAUGCACGGCGGCGUGCACGGCGGCCCGCUGGCGCCGCUCCCGUCGCCCGCCGGCGGGCCGCAGGGCAUGCAUGUCGGGCCCUCGUAUCGCGCCGCCAAUGGCGUCUCGUCGCCGGCGUUCGGCGCCGCAGGCCUGCCCCACGGCCACGUGCAGCAGCAGCAGCACCACGCUGGCGGGCCAGGCAUGCACCCGGCAAUGAACCCGGCCAUGUCGCCGCAGCAGGCUGCCAUGCACAUGGCGCAGCAGCAGCAGCAACAGCAUCACCAGCAGCAGCAGAUGCAGAUGCACGCCUACCAGCAGCAACAGCAACAGCAGCAGCAGCGCGCCUCGCCGUACAUGGCCGCCUCGUCGCCGCAGCAGUCCUUCGGUCCGCCGCAGUUCCGGCAGCCAUUCGGCUCGCCGGACAUGCAGCGCGCGCCCGCCGGUGCUGCGCCGAAGGAGCUGCACCAUCCGCAGCCGCGCGUGCCUGUCGGCCUGGGCAUGAGCCAUGACGCAGCGCACGGGCUGCAGCCGCCCGGUGUGCUGGGCCCAUCGCCGGUGGCUGGUGGCUCGAUGGGCGCCCUAGGCCCUAGCUACACUGUCUCGGGCCCAAGUAGCGAGGCGGGCGCAAGCACCAGCGGCAUGCCUCUCGGCCCGCCGCCUGGCAGUCUGAGAGCGCUCUCGGGCGCAGCCAACUCGCUCUCCUCGGGCGCCUACCCGCCGGGCGCUGCCAUGAUGCGCCUGCUGCACUACUCCGAGGGCUUUGGCGUGGCUGGAGAUGUGAGCGAGAUGGACUACUGGCGCAACUUCUGCAGCGAGUUCUUCACGCCCGACGGCAUGAUGCGCUACACGCUCUGGAACCCGACGAGUGCGGAGCACAAGACAUUUGACAUUCCUGCAUCCGUGCUGCCGCGCUUCAUGCACACCAACUACCAGUCGGGCCUCGUCUCUGCCUUCUUCCACCUCGACGACCCGCGCGAGUACGUCGCCGGCGUCGAUCCGUUCCCAACCGACCGCGUCGAGUCGCCCAACGAGGAGCGGGCCGGCGCAGAGCAGCCGCUGCUGCAUCCUCAGCCCUCGGCGGCCGUGUCGCACAUGGUGCAGGCAGACCGCACCACGAUGGUGCACGAGUUCCGCGACGGCUGGCAGGUGCACCACAUGGGCGCCGCACGCGCCUGCUUCGUCUCGCACACGCGGCUCGUCUAUCCUGAGCCGGGCAACACGGGAGCGCCACGCCUCGACACGGCAUUGCGGCUCGAGUCGAUGAGUCUGGUGCACCACAGCCACGCCACAUUCAUGCCCACGAGCCUGCUGCGCAAGACACGUGUGCAGGAGAAAGUGCCCGCCGAUGUUGUCGCUGCCAUCCUGGCCGCACAUGGCGUCACAGACCCGGCUGCGGCGCAGAAGAAGGUGUUGGAGAAGAAGAAGCGCAGCGAGAAGGAAAAGAACGGCGAGGCGGAGGGCGAGAAGGAAGAGGAGGGCUUCUCGUUUGCCAUCGAGCGCCCAGAGGUGCCGGAGCUGCCCGUCGAGGACAACGAGUACGGCAUCACGCUGCGAACGAUGCGGUGUCUCGAGAUCACCGAGAGCAUCUGCCAUUUGCGCGACCUCAUGGACUUUUCCUCGCGCGAAGGGCUGGGCCCGAUCGACGCUCUUCGACGCCUCGCCGCGCAGUUCCGCGAGUCGCAGGGCCUCAGCACCGCUCCGAGCCAGGACUCGCUGACCGCUGCUGCUGCAAGUCGCAAUCCGACACAAAACGGCGGCUCCACCGUCAGCUCGCCGAACAGCACGCGCAACCCGCCCACGGCGGCGUCGCCCUCGGGCAGCGGCGGCAGCGGGGGCGCUGGCACUGGAGGUGCUGCUAGCACCAUUAGCGCCUCGCACUCGCAGCGCGUCGGCGAGGAUGGCGAUGCCGACACCGACGUCAAGGAGGCUCGCGCCGCGCCUGCUGCCCCGGCCGCUGCCACGGGCAAGCGCAAGCUCACCAUCGCUCGCGCCGGCAGUGCGCAGAGCCCCAAAACGCCGGCUGCCAAGCGGCAGCGGUAGCGCACGCCACGCUGCAGCGCUCGCCUCUCUUCUCUCCCACUGCCUGCCCAUACCCGUCUGCGCCCAGCGCACAGACACUCAAUUCACUAUUCGCACCUCCGUGC